AGGCGCUGUGCUCCGCCCUCGGUCUCUGCUCAGGUGUGUGUGUUUGUUUGAGUGUGUGUGUGUUUGUGAGUGAGUGUGUGUAUGUCGGAAGAGCAUUGCGGAGCUGCUGGAGGAUUAUUGGGGAGCCGGUCAUGUCAGACAGCGGGGACGCACAGCCGCAGGACGGAGGCGACAGCAACCCGAGCCGCGGGAAGAGCCCCAGUGUGGGCAACAGAGUGACCGUGGUGCUCGGAGCGCAGUGGGGCGAUGAAGGCAAAGGGAAGGUGGUGGACCUGCUGGCUCAGGACGCCGACAUGGUCUGCAGAUGUCAGGGAGGCAACAAUGCAGGACACACAGUCGUGGUUGAUUCAGUUGAAUAUGAUUUCCACCUUCUACCCAGUGGGAUUAUCAACCCUAAGGUCACUGCUUUCAUUGGUAAUGGUGUAGUCAUUCACCUGCCGGGACUUUUCGAGGAGGCUGAGAAGAAUGUGCGGAAAGGCAAAGGUCUUGAAGGCUGGGAGAGCAGACUCAUCAUCUCUGAUCGAGCACACAUCGUGUUUGAUUUCCAUCAAGCUGUGGAUGGAGUCCAGGAACAGGAGAGGCAACAGCAAGCUGGCAAAAAUUUAGGAACGACUAAAAAGGGAAUUGGCCCUGUGUAUUCAGCUAAAGCAGCACGCAGCGGCCUGAGGAUCUGUGACCUGCUGGCUGACUUUCAGGAGUUUUCUGAGAGAUUUAAACAUUUGGCUUCGCAGUAUAAGUCUAUGUACCCUUCACUAGAGAUUGAUGUGGACGGGGAACUGGAGAAACUCAAGUCAUAUGUAGACAGGAUAAAGCCUAUGGUGAGAGAUGGAGUCUUCUUCAUGUAUGAGGCGCUGCACGGAGAUCCCAAAAGGAUCUUGGUAGAAGGUGCCAACGCUGCCUUGCUGGACAUUGACUUUGGGACCUAUCCUUUCGUGACGUCCUCGAACUGCACUGUAGGAGGGGUGUGUACGGGUUUGGGGAUGCCUCCACAGAACGUGGGUGAAGUCUACGGAGUUGUCAAAGCUUACACCACCAGAGUCGGGAUUGGAGCUUUCCCUACGGAACAGAGCAACGAAACUGGUGAGCUCUUGCAGACGAGAGGAAAGGAAGUGGGCGUCACCACGGGUCGUAAGAGGAGAUGCGGUUGGCUGGAUUUGGUGCUCAUCAAAUACGCCCACAUGAUUAAUGGCUUCACAGCCUUAGCUCUUACCAAACUAGACAUCUUAGACGUGGUUCCUGAGAUUAAAGUUGGUGUGGCCUACAAAGUAGAUGGAGAGACCAUCCCACAUUUCCCAGCAAACCAAGAGGUGCUGCAGAAGGUUGAAGUGGAGUACGAGACUCUGCCAGGCUGGAGUAAAGACACUUCUGCUGCCAGGACCUUCGAGGAGCUUCCAGAAAAUGCUAAGAAAUAUGUCUGCUUCAUUGAGGAUCACUUGGGUGUGCCUGUGAAGUGGAUCGGUGUUGGGAAGUCACGGGAAUCAAUGAUCCAGCUCUUUUAAGAGGCGGCUUGGCUGGCCUGCGUGUAGCACUGACUGGAUUACGCUCUGGACUCGGAAAUGAGAAGUUUCCUCAUACGUUUCCUCUCCCACAUCACUUCAGUUUCACCACCGCCAGAAGACUAGGACCUCAGGUGUCCCUCAGAUCAUCUUGAAGCCCAGUGAAAUGGAGCAUUUGCCACAUAUAACGGCAUUCCUGUGGUACAGUAAAUCAAAAAGGGCCUUUUGACUAGUCACUUUUUGCCAUCAUUUAACAGUCUUUCAUCUGUGCUUCGACUUUAAUGUUUCUCCUCUGGUAUUUCGAGCUCAUUGUCUCCAUCUCAAGUCCAUCUGCUGUACAUGUGCUGCUACUUCAAACAGUCAGGCAUCAGUAGUGGUGUAUAUUGUUGUUAGAUAUCAAUUUUUCACACCAGUUGGGUAAAACGAGUACUUGUACGUGUUAUUUUUAAUGUGUUUUGUUGCUUUUAUCACACAAAAAUCAAUGUGUUCUACCACUCUUCGUUUUAAACAGAUUGUAUGAUCGACACUUCACUGAAGCACACACUGUUAACAAUUUAUGCCCAUUACACAGUUUUUAACUGUAAUUUGAAUUGAAUUUUACUGGAUGACAGUUAUGCAGUAUGUUACUGUAUUUUAAAGUUGCAUUGUGGGGAAUGUCCUCUUCGCGCCAUUAAAACUGUAUUUUUUAUUUGCUGUGAAUCAAAAUACAGUAAAAAUAAAUUUGCUUAAAAACUCAAUAAUAUCCAGCUGCAGACCCGCAGACCCACACAUGUUUCAGCACACACAAUCCAGGACACACCAUCUAGGCAGAGACGAACCAUAUAUGGUUACGACAAAUGUUACUGUUAUUAACGUCUUCUCGGACUUCGUCGUCAAUGUAUUUUUAUAUAUAUUGUUAAUAAAUAGUGUACACAAUAGACAACAAUGUAUACUAUUUCACAAAUAUGACAAUCGAGACGGGCGAAUGGGGAACGUUGUUUCCGAUCACCAUUCAAUAUAAUAGACUGAUCAGUCAUCAUAGAUGAUCAGUCAUUAUUUAUCUGACAGUCAAUAGCAGAUACUCGCUUGCUGGCCUUGCUAAUACAUUUUUCAGAGAUAUAUAAACCAUCUAAAUUGGACAGGUUUCAUUUAUAUAAUGAAGGAAAUAAUAGCAAAUUAGGAUGCAGAGGCUAUAACACAUCUUUAUAUGUAAUAAAAAUCUUUUUACAUUUAAUGAUUGUAUAACACUACAUUAAUAUUUUACUCCAGUGAUUGAAUACUAUUUAUUUGCUUAACACAAUAAUAGUCAUUAGUGUUUUAACUAAUUAUUUUUAUUUACGUAAUAUGAGUACAAAACUGCACAGAUGAUCGAAAAAUGAUCAUUACGAUAUAAUAAUGAAAUAACGACCAACCCUGAAUUGUUCAUAGUCACAGACGGUGUCCAUCGCCAUAUUUGUGAAAUACAGUAGGUGGCGAUAAUGCUCCUUAGGAGUUAGUUGUCGUUAAACAAGAAAAAAAAAACUGAGAAAUAGAAGAAGCCUGAUCCGUCAUUAACCGAAUGUGGUUUGCCCCUGCCUAGAUUGUGUGUCCUGGAUUGUGUGUGCUGAAACUUGUGUGGGUCUGCGGAUCUGCAGCUGGAUAUAUCUCUAAAAACCUGGCCAAUCAUAGGAAAUACAGUAAUUUACCGUUUGGACUGUUUUACAGUAAAUUGAUAUAAGAUUAACAAAUUACAAGUUAAAUUUCAUUAUAUGAAAAUAUGACUGUAAAAUACUGUAUAUUUUACAGUAAGGAUAUACAAUACUUGUACAGUACAGCAAGAUGAAUGGUACAGUAAAUAUUUUUAGAUAUAAAUAUUUAAGGCCCAAUCCCAGUUCUAUUUUUGUACCUACCCCUUCCCCUUGGCCCUUGAAACAAUGUGUGAAGGGGAAGGGCAUCAAAAUUUACCCCUAAGAAUUGGGACAGCACUACAGCACCUGCACAUGUCAUCAUAUGUCAUCGCGAUCUCUUGCUUCAUAUGAGAUCAGACGAUCACGGCUGCUGUAGUUAUUCCAGUUGUGUUAUUUUUUGGCAUUUAUCUUCAGGAAAUCACUGAAGGCAACAAUAUCAUGUUAACAUAACAAUAUAAUGUGGCAAUAAGAUUGUAACUGUACUGUGCAUUUACACAGUGGCCAUAUUCAUCUAUGUAAACACACCAAAAACAACAUUAAGACUAUAGCAGACACUGUAAAAAGCCCAUUCCCAGCCACUCUGACAGGGUAUUCGAGUGUCAUCGAGCAUCAGAAUGUUGUGGGACUGCUGUACAGGAGUUAUUAAUAGGGAUUAUAGAUAGCAAAAUUUAGUAGUUUUUAUUUUAGUGUAUUUUUUUUUUAAAUAUGACAGUAAAACGCGAACGUGGUUAUGAAUGUAUUAAAACAUAUGCUUGUUAGUUUGUAAUAAUGACAAAAAAUACUAAUUUGUGCAUCUCCUGACUGCCGUUGUAGGUGUAUUAUGGGAAAUUUUCUUACCCUUUGGAGUGUGGUCCUGAAAAAUCUCAGUUUGAAGGGGUAUCUAGCACUUCCCCUUAGGACUACACCUUCAGAAUAAAGAGAACUGGGACACCCCUACCCCUUCACGGGAACGUGCAAAAUGAGGGGUAGGGGUAAGGAGAAGGGCUAAGAGGUAGAAUUGGGAUUGGGCCUUAGUACUGUAAAACUUUUGUUGUAAGUUUGUUUACAGUAAACUGCUGACAGUAAGCUACUGUAAAUUCUACGGGAAAUUGUUAACAGUGUAUGGUCUUUAAGAUUUAAAACAUUAUGGCUUCAAAAUAGAGUACGAUUACGGUAUGUGUUUUAUGUCUCUCCUAAAAUGGAAGUACAGUAAAACAUUUUAUGGAAGCUUGUAUUUUAAAUGUAGUAUACAGCAAGCGUAAUACAGUGCCUCAAGAUGCAGAAAUGUCAGAGUUGGAGCAUAUGUUAUAAGAAUGACCGAUCUUCAAUUGAAUGUAAGUAAGCGUUUGCGCAGUGCUCAGAUGUUUAUUGUUCAGCUGUACAACUUUACGCCACAUCAAAGCCACUUUAAUAAUGAGAUCCCGCGACGCUUGACUUUCAGAUUGACAACGUUUAGAUCCUUAAGGCGUUUAUACAGUACACACCACCUCAGGAUGUUUAAACCACUUCUAGUCGUUGUUUUUUUAUCUUAAAUUUACAGAAACUUUAGAUGUUAGAGAUGAUCUAACAGCCGAAUGUAAGAUUCACAAGAGCUUGUCUAUUUAAAUAUUAACUGGGUUGUUGUAGAUUUGCUUCCUGAUUCAGUUUCUUCUCACCCUCUGCUCCGCACCUUCAAAUAAAUCAGUAAUAUAGGAUAAAGUGUGCCUUGUUAAUACAGAUGAACAAUGAAACUUGAAAACUAGUCCUUCGUCUGAUUGAGCUUUUAUGGUUUUUACCCGCAGAACCUCAAUAUUUGAACUUUUUUCGAGGGCAUUAUAGUGCCAUUUGCCAAAAGUGUACAUGCAUCCAAAGAAUGGAUAAAGGAAUGCUGUGAUAUAGAGCCUUUGUAUAUGACCCAGAAUGAUAACUCUUUCGUUUUCUGAUCAACGAUGGUGUAAUUCAAUUUUUCCAUUGCUGAAUAAAUGAUGUACGCUGUUUAUUUUAGUAGCAUAUACAUGUCUGUUGUCUUGUAUUAUCACGUUUCCUCUGAACAAGCUACAUUUAGUAUGUAUAAGUGUGCGAGAAAUGCAAUUGAAACAUUCAGAGAACGUUAUGUUUGCAUUUUCUUUCUUGUUUGCUAAUCUUGCUGCUGAUUGGGUUUCCAUGUAUGUAUAUAAAGAACACAAAGCCAUAUUCUCCUGAAUUUAGUGUUACUGUACACUGCUUAUGGAUGCUGAUGGGUGUGCAUGUUCAUCUAGUGCAGAGAUUUGCACAAAAACUCACUCACUUUGUUAUUAAUCUUGGAUGAAUGACAGUCUGCCGAGACUCAAGUCAAUAAAUAAAUAUAGUCGAAAACAUUUACAA